GGCUGCUUUAUAAAACCGCCUUGAUCUUGGAAACGAAAACAGUCCCUGAAGACAGACAGCUGCAGACUCAAGUGAAGACACCUCAGAGGAGCACACAGAGAAACCUCUCCGUUACACCGGAGCUGAGCGAGCAGACCUCCCGGUGGUGUUUACCAGGUUUCUGUCGGUUCAAACAAGAAAAGGAAAAAAAGAAAGAAGCGGAAGGAGACGCAGCUGGAUCUACACGGCAACGCAUCUGCGCAGCACACAGCUACGAAGACGCUGAAAGAGAAAAACGUCGCAUCAGUGUUUUGUGAAAAUGCCGUUUUCCGUUAACGGCAUCCUUUGCACGCUCGCGCUGCUGGUCCUGUGGCGGGCGGAGGAGCUCGCGGAAGCGUGCAGCUGCGCUCCGGUACAUCCGCAACAGGCGUUCUGCAACGCAGAUGUGGUGAUUCGAGCAAAGGUGGUUGGAGAGAGAGAGGUGGAUUCUGGGAACGAUGUCUACGGGAACCCCAUCAAGAGGAUCCGGUAUGAGAUCAAACAGAUCAAGAUGUUCAAGGGGCCUAACCAGGACAUCGAGGCUAUCUUCACUGCUCCUGUGUCCGCUGUCUGUGGCGUUACUCUGGAUGUCAUCGGCAAGAAGGAGUACUUGAUCUCAGGCAAAGCCGAGGCCGACGGGAGCAUGCAUGUGACCCUGUGUGAUUACAUCAUGCCCUGGGACUCCUUGAGCAGCACCCAGAAGAAGGGCCUCACCCAGCGCUACGAGAUGGGCUGCGAAUGCAAGAUUGUGCGCUGUCCCUCUUUGCCCUGUGAGAUCUCGGCUCCUGAGGAGUGUCUGUGGACGGACCUGAUGAUCGAGAAGCAGGUGCACGGACGCCAGGCCAACCACUACGCCUGCAUCAAGAGGGGGGACGGCUCCUGCUCUUGGUACCGCGGCAUCGCGUCGCCCAAGAAGGAGUUCCUGGACGCAGACGACCCUUAGUCACGUGGCUGACCUUACCGCCCACUGCACAGCCUGGCUGGGAAAUAAAUGUAAACGAUUCCAUUGAAAUUAUAGAUAACAACAUCAGGCAAAGUGAUUUUUGAUUUAAAAAAAGGUAAAGCCAGUGUGACUGAAAUUACCUGCUGGUCUGAAAACAACCUUCAGCCUCUCUUUGUAUUUGUUGUCCGUUAGCUUGCUCGACUGUACUUGAAGGGGCUCAGAGGUUGUUCUCAGACAACGGCAUCAUGAGACAUAGACUGGUCAAGUGAUGAUGUCACUUCCUCCUGAGGCUGGCGUCAGGAGGACAUAAAUUCUCGGUGAGACGGAUCACUUCCUGCCCCGCAAAGCGCUUUAACAGCUCUGCUCUCCAGACCCCACCAAUCAAUCCCCGAUCUGCUGACGAUCAUUCGUUACCCAUCGUGUUUCUACUUUUAUUACCUCAUUGUCCAUUUUUAUUCCAAAGCCAAAUUCCAAGUUGCCUUUUUUUUUCUUUUUAAAUGAUUGUGUCGCGCUCUCUCCGAAUUAGUUACCGCUCCUCUCGUCUGCUCUGCUGGGAGCUGUUUGGCCACCGGUUGACUUCGGACGCCCACGACAUGCUUGACUGUUUUCUUUAAAAAGAACACGAGUCAUCUCGCAUGGCUGAUCUUUCCCUGGUUUCAUUAGGGGGGAAAUCUUUUCUCGUGGUGAUUUUUAACUGAAGCCUGUGACCGUCACAGGCCUCACUGGACCAGUCUAUGCUGUGUAAAGACGAGCGCUCUAAAUUCAAACCUGCUCAUGAGCUAAAAAGAAACCUCCUCGUCGCCCCCACAGUCCAAUCAGAAAUAUCCCAAAUUCAACUUCCUCAUCUCGUCUUCAUCCCUCUCCCUUGUUAUCCCCUCUAUGUAGCUGUGCAGUACCUAUACAUAUACUUUUGUUGUUCCUUGAUGAUUAUUAUUUACUGCAUUAGAACUAGAUUUGCACUUUUUGAGGAUGAGUUCCAGUAAAGACAAGAGCCUGAACACUCUGAUGUGACAGUUAUUAUAGUUCGCCGAGAACGACAGAUCCACCUCAGGUGCAGAUUUCUCCUAUUUUGAGUGCUUUUGGUGAUCCAUAUAUUUACAGACUUAUUCUUGCUAUCUUUGUCAUAACAGAUAAAAUAGUACUUACGAUGGAAGAAAAACAAAAAAAAGUGGCGCGUGAGAGGUUCGGAUAUAAGGGAUCUUUUUACAGGUUUUAUGUGUGAAAGAGAAACAAAAAAGAGCUUUGUUGGAUGUUAUUUCAGUGUCUUUGUAUUAUCUGUUGAUUGUAAAUGCCAACAGCAGUUUCAUGAUUUGCCGGUAUAUUCUCGCAGACGGUUCAUUUCAUGAGUAAUAAGGUCUUUACAUGCUUAAUGUUAGCUUUGACUGCUCCUUCCACUUAUUCAUGAAAGCUUUAUCGCUGUCAUAGAAAGCAAGUUACUCAAUCCAAGUUUACAGUGCUGUUACAGCUACAUUAACAAAAAAAAAAGUAUAUAUAUGAUGGAGUAUUAGAGGCAUAAUUUAAAAGUAAACUUUCCAUUUUCCAUUACUUUUUAUUUUUUCAGUGUUAUAAUUAUACCUGUCAUGAUUUUUGUGUGUUUUCGCUGUCUUUGUCUACGAUGUCUUUAGCUGUAGUGUCGAGGUGAGAAGGUCCUCUUGCGCUGGAGUAACGUGAGAGUGAGAGAGAUUAAUCCUUUUUGGAGAGGUGUAGAGAAAUGAGAAAUGGGUACCUUGUGUGAAUAGAGGACUGUGCAUGUGUUUGAUGCUUUGUGUAAGUCCGGGCGAAGGACAAAAUAUUCAGUAUUAUCAAAUAAAAACCACACGUUUGAAAGAAUAA